AUGAGAGAGAAGUGGAAAAAGAAGCGUUCCCGGAGACUCAGGCGCAAGCGCCGUAAAAUGAGGGCUCGUUCCAAGUAAAUGCCAUAAUAGCUGCUAGGCUUGCACUAUGAAGGCGCAGAUAUCAUUCAAAGCUAUGUCGUGGAAAGGCAGAUUGACUAAACGCACAUGCACCUACCGAAUUCGCCGCCCGACAAGGACGUCGCGCCUUUUGGCAUUGCCUCGCGCUCGCGCUUCAGACCCGGGGAGGCGCGGGAACUCUGACUGCUGUACCUUUGUCGUCGGGGUAGCUUUUUGGCAUCUAUCUGUAUCAGUAUGGCUCGUGACCGCAAUAUGAGCCUCGUUGAG